AUGCUUUCUCAUAUACUAUUUCUUUACCUACUAGCGGUGAGUACGGCGCUUGACCUCAUUCACUCCAAACGGUACUACCAGAAAGGUGAGAGCGUUGAUCUCUUGCUAAAUAAAAUCGAGAGCGACCACACGCAAUUGCCAUAUAGGUACCAUGACUUGCCGUUUGUGUGUCAUGAUAAGACGAAAAGAGCAAAGACGCCCUCUUUAGGCGAGGUGCUAAAAGGAGACCGUUUGUGGGAGUCUAACUACCAACUUCGGUUUGGUGAGGAUAUACCCUGCGCUCGUCUAUGUGACAUGUCUGCAACACCCAAAGCUAUCAGCUGGGCAGACUCCCUCAUAAGAAAGGGGUAUGUGGUGCACUGGGUGCUCGAUGGGUUGCCUGGGGCAACGACGUUUCAAAGCUCCAACUCAAGGUCCAAGUACUACGCCGCAGGGUUUCCUCUAGGUUUUGUUCAGAACGACGUAUCGUACUACUACAACCAUGUUCUUCUCGUGGUAAGGUACCAUGUAGAGCAGAACGGGCUCUACUCAAUAGUGGGGUUUGAAGUUUACCCCAAGAGUGUCAUUGACGAGAGCUGUCCGGGUUCCUCAAAGAAUUUCAAGAAUUUUCCGCUUCAUUUAAAGGACUCAUCGGGGAAUCCAAAACAAGAUCGCACCCUUAUACCCUACACCUAUGCGGUUUACUGGAGAGAGGAUAAGUCUGUCUCCCACGAAAAUCGCUGGGACUUAUACUACGAAAAUGAUAAUUCAGCAACGUCGAGGAACAUCCACUGGAUUUCAUUGGUCAACUCGAUCGUGCUUGUAUGUCUCGUGUCACUUGUUGUGGCGGUGGUGCUUGUUCGCUUCCUCAGGACAGACCUAAAGGCAAGCCCCUUGAUCCCAACCGCCGAGGUGAAAGGUGAGCCUGCCAGCUAUAACCUGUGGCAAAGCUUGUCCAACGUGGCUAUUCAAAAGCCUAUGGGUGCCUUCUUGCUCAGUUGUUUAUGUGCUGCUGGUUUUCAAACGAUCAUCGCCAUGAUGGGGGUUGUGGUGAUUUUUGUAUUAAAUUCGAAGCUAAGCUUAGGAUCAGGCACAUCCUCAAGCAUUUUCUUUGAAAACCACCAAAGCGCUGUGUUUUCAACCUCGUUAUUAUUUCUAUUGGCUUCUGGAUAUGUCUCAGCAUACAUUGGUAUCAUCUUGCACAAGUUGUUGAGUAACGAACACCCAAACACGCAAUUUCCUUUUUCAAAAAUAUGCCGUCUCGGUUGCUUUUUUGCUGGUGGGCUUCCAUUGACAUUGCUCACUGCAAUCCUUUUUAUAAACCUAUUCGUAUGGGCUAAAGAGUCGUCUAACGCAUUGCCUUUUGGUACGAUCGUGGUGCUUAUAUUGAUGUUCACUCUUAUCCAGAUACCUCUCGGAAUCCUUGGAAGCUUUCACGGAAACAAAUUCACUUUCCUGAACAAAUCUUGCUUCAUUAAUUCAUACAGCCCACCAGACAAGGGAUUUGUGAAACGGAACUCCAACAAAACAUUAUUUUUCAGGCCAGUUCUCAGCGUGAUAGCUUUUGGCCUUAUUCCCUUCGGGAUCGUGUAUGUGGAUCUUUUGUUUAUCUUCAACUCGGUUUGGCUCGAGAAGACUACGUUCUACUACAUGUACGGAUUCUUGUUACUUACAACUGUACUAUUACUAAUAGUGGUUGCAGAGUCUACCAUUGUGGCUACAUACAUAACGUUGUCGGUGUUUAAAAACCCUGACUGGCAAUGGCUAUGCUUUCAGGUGGGCUCCAGCAUUGGGUGGUACAUCUACGCCUACACCACUUAUUACUUCAUUCGCUACCUACUGAUGAGUGACAUUGUGAGCGUUCUUAUUUAUUUCGCAUACAUGGCUUUGGUAUCUGCCGCCGUUGGUGUAGCGGGUGGAGCUGUUGGCGUCAUCACAGCUACAAUUUUUAUCAGAAAGAUCUACGGCGCGAUCAAGAUGGACUAA